CCCUUUAGGAUGACUUCCACUUUGGGGACUUUCCAUCUCGGCCAGUGUAGGACCGGAACUAACUGCUCCCAUGGGACUUGGAAAGCAACGAGUAUUUAUUUAUAGGGACUAUCUGGAAUGGAUUUAAGUAGACAUUCUUGAUGAUCGUGAAGAACUUGUGAGCUGCCAGGAAAUCAGGAAAAAAAUUUUCACUCUCUUCUUCCUGCGACGAGUGCCCGGCUCCUUCCCGGGCUUCACUAGGGCAGCCCGCAGCCCGCAGCCCGAGAUGCAGAUGCCGGCCGAGCUGCUCCGCGCGCUGGCACUGGCGCUGGCGCUCAGGCUCCUGGUCCUGACAGGUGCCUGCAAGGAUGUUAGAAUGGCAAAUGAGGUCCUUGCAGUCAACCAGCCCUUUGCUUUUAAUUGCACACACCCACCCCUGACAUUUGGGGAUGUGAAUGUGACCUGGUACAAAGCACCUCGCAACAUCUCCUUGUCCAGAAACAUAACUUGGAGAAUUCACCAGGAGCACACCUGGAUUUUGAUUCUUCCUCUGAGUUUGGAGGACUCAGGGAUGUACCAGUGUGUUAUAAAGAACACCAAGAGUUGCUACAGAGUACAUGUCAACCUCACUGUUGUCAAAAACUACUCGUGUGUCAGCUCCGGAAGCAGUUUGCCGAGCUUAUCAAAUGAGUACAGUCAAAUAUUAUACACUGGAAACUCGGGCAGUCUCCGAUGUCACCUGUACUUUCCAGACAGUUGCCUUCUGGAUUCCAUAAAGUGGUAUAAGGACUGUAAAGAGAUUACCAGGGAGCAGCAGAAGUUUGUUUCUUCGGAUAUGAAGCUUUUUGUGUACAAUGUCUCUGCUGAGGACGGGGGGAACUAUACAUGCACAGCCAUACUGAAGCACCAGGCACAUCCAAGGAUCCAGUACAUGGUUUUAAAUAGCAUCACUGUGAGCAUCACAGAAAGAGGUAGACCUGGAGGAAGAAUCCCUAAGAUUAUUUAUCCUCAAAAUAAUUCCAUUGAAGUGCGACUUGGCUCCAUGCUCAUUGUGAACUGUAACAUAACAGACACCAAGGAGAACACGAACCUCCGAUGCUGGAAAGUCAACAACACCAUGGUGGAUGAUUACUACAGCGACUCCAAACGCAUCCAGGAGGGAAUCGAAAACAAUGUCUCUUUUCCGGAACACAUUUUUUACACGGUCAACAUCACCUUCUUAGAAGUGAAGAUGGAGGACUAUGGCCUUCCUUUCACAUGCCAUGCCGGGGUGUCUGCUGCCUAUAUCAUGCUAAGGUUCCCAGCUCCAGACUUUCGGGCGUACUUGAUAGGAGGGUUUGUUGCUUUGGCGGUCGUGGUCACUUCAGUUCUGGGUGUCUACAGGAUCUUUAAGGUGGACAUCGUACUUUGGUAUCGAAGUACCUUUCAUUCUGCUGAGACCAGAGAAGAUGGGAAGCUGUACGACGCCUACGUCCUGUACCCCAAGCCUAAAAGGGACAACCAGUGCCACAAGGUGGACACGCUGGUGUUGAAGCUCCUGCCUGAGGUGCUGGAGAGGCAGUGUGGAUAUAAGUUAUUUAUAUUCGGCAGGGACGAUUUCCCUGGACAAGCUGUGGCCAAUGUCAUAGAUGAGAACAUCAAGCUCUGCAGGAGGCUGAUUGUCAUCCUCACCCGCCAGUCAUCCAGCUGCGGCCUGUUGAAGAACCUGUCGGAAGAGCAGAUUGCAGUCUACAGUGCACUCAUCCAGGAUGGGAUGAAGGUGAUUCUCAUUGAGCUGGAGAGGAUUGAGGACUACAGCACCAUGCCGGAGUCCAUCCAGUACAUCCGACAGAAGCAUGGGGCUGUGAGGUGGCGCGGGGACUCCACAGAACAGUCACAGUGCUCCAAGACCAAGUUUUGGAAGAAAGUGAGGUACCAUAUGCCACCCAGAAGAUACCCACCAUUUCCCCUGGCCCAGCUGCAGCGGCACACACCCUACAUCUACACGGCAGGCAAGUGGGAGCCCAACGUGGGGCCUGUUACCCACUGACUUGGGUAUGUCCCCACCUGGUGGCUCACUGCUGGCCAGGGUCACAGCAAGGAUAAGGCUGCUUGCCCUGGAGCUGGCCUGUUUGUGUCCUGCGAGGGCUUGUGUUUGUCACUGUUGUUUGUUUUGAUCAGCAGAGCUGCUUCUUCAGGGAAUGACAGCAGCUCUCCAAAGGCCCCAGGAAGCCUCGCCUGAUGCUGGGAUGUUCUGUGUUGGGCCCUGGGGAUGGCAGCAGAGGGCUGCAGAGAGGAGGUCCAGGUGUCAGAAGGUUCAGCCCGUGAUGCCCAAGGUGGGGGCCUGUGCAGUCCAGGUGCCAGGAGGUCAUUGUGUGGCAUGAGGAGGCUGAUGGAGAGAGCUACACUGGGCUUGUCCCAUCUAGUGUCCCCAGGCCUCUGGUCCUCAGGCAGUAUUUACAGAGCUUGAAUCCCCCUGCUUCCUCCAGGGCCAAUGAAUAGGAUGAACAGCUGUAACCAGUGUCAGCAUGGUGUCCCUGGAAGGCACUCAGAUGGCACCUAGACUAGUGGGGACCCAGUGUGGUGCCACCACCCUUUCACAGUGGUCAUGUACCCAGUAGGCCCCAAAGAGUAUCUGUGAAGCCACCAUAAGUAAGAAAUUUUCCACCUUUUCUUUUUACACUUGUGACAACCGAACUGAACAGUGAAUGGAUCUUGGGGACCCACACUGAGGCGUGGCAUCUGUCCAAGUGGAGCAGUGCGAGUGUCUGACUAGUGAGCACACACCCAUCACAGGUCCCCCUCUCUGACUUAGCAACUCACUGAGGGUUAAUACUCAAAGUUAGCUGUCCACCCUGCACCAUGAUGAGCUCAUUUAGGGUUCUUCCAGUCAGCUCUUGGCCAUUUCUUUACUUCUUUUUCUUCUCUCACGUGGGAAGCUUAAUUCCUCAUGGAAGUCUUGCUGGGAAAGGGACAAAAAGCUGUUUGUCUCUUUGCAUUGAAGAACAAAGGGCUGGCUACUUUCUCAUUCCAUCCUCCCUACCCUCUGUGGGUCUCCUCUCCUGCUUAGACCCUGGAGAGGGGCAGCCAUGCUGGACAGGGCGGGCAGGAGUCUGGUGAUGGCAUCUGUCUUCCUUUGUGGAGCCCUUGCUAGUGUCUGGCUAAGGGACCCAACCAUGCUAGGCAGCCACCAGUCAUGUGAGAGCAUGUGACACUAUUGCUGCCCAUCUGAACCACCCACUGGGCUGUGAAAUCUGGAUGUCAAUGUGUGAGUGAGUGGUCACAGACUCUUGGUGUGGAGGGGAUUUGAGAAUCUCCCCUAGUCCCAUUUGGGAAUCCCCAUCUUCUAGAUGUUUUCUCUCUAAAAGCUGCAGGAAGGCAGGAGCAUGGCUCAGCCAGGAAAGCAGGAGGAUCAUGAUAUGUUUUCUCUAAGCCGCUCCCUCCUCACAUGCCUGGAGUUUCAGGAAGCCCAUUCUCCAGUGACUCUGCAUGUAUCCUGACAGCAUUCCCAAGACAUGUGUCCUUGUUGUCAACAAAAGAGAAAACCAACUCAUCUAAAGAAUAAAGCAUUUCUGACCAUCUCUGGCCCUUAAAAAGCCAGCCAUGUUGAUGAAUUCCUUAACUAGAAUUUUACUUUUAAAUUAAAAAACUUCCCCUUCACUAGUAUAUGUCUUAAGUUUUUUAUUGUUUAAAAGUAUUUAAAAUAUAUUAUUAAUGUAAUAAUAUUAAUGGAUUAUAUUAGCACAUUUAAAUUUUAUUUUUAUUAAAAUAUGUUUUGUGUCCUACAGAAGAGCUCCUUUUCUCACUAAGACUGUCAAUUUACAUUUUGAGUGUGCUAUGGUAUAAACCCUAUAUAUGGUAUAGGGUAUGGAUGUCACCCUAAAGCUUCAUGCACUCAUAGGUGGGGCUUUUGGGAGGUGAUUGGAUCAUAGGGAUGUGAUACUCACAGGUAUAUUAGUCCCCUGAUGAGUUUACAGCUGAAUGUGAUAUUGGGAGGUGAAGGCUGGUUGGAGGAGGUAGUCACUGGGGGCGUUGACUGGAAUGGUCUCUCUCCUUCCUCCUUCCUUGAUCUCUCUCUGCUUCCUGCCUGCUAUGCCAGGAGCUGUUUCUCCUCUGUCAUGUCACGCUGUGGUAGAGCCAGCUGAUAUGGACUGAAGCUCCUGCAAACUGUGAGCCAUAAUAAACCUUGCCUGUUUUAAAUUGUG